UGCACCGGCUCUUGCUCCGCACACCGACUACCCAGGUGAACCGGAAGCGUUCGUGGAGACAUCACGGCGGAAACUGUGACGCUGUCUCUGCGGGCUCUCAGUGCCGCUUCCCGGCACCGCACACGGAAGAAGAAAGAGAGGCGAGAGGGCCGGUGCGCAGCAACAAGUUCUUUGGAAAUGGCCUGUACUAUAGAGAAGAUUCUGACUGAUGCAAGAACACUCUUGGAAAGGUUGAAAGACCAUGAUAAUGCUGCUGAGUCUCUCAUAGACCAGUCCACUGUUUUGCACAAGCGGGUGGUGACCAUGAAAGAGGCAGGCGCAUCUCUUUCCCACAAGUACCAAGAAGAUGCAGCUGAGAUUAAAGACACAUCAAAAUACAAACCUCACAUCCUGCUGUCUCAGGAGAACACACAGAUCCGAGACCUGCAACAGGAAAACAGAGACCUUUGGAUCUCCUUGGAGGAACACCAGGAUGCUCUGGAACUUAUUAUGAGCAAAUACCGAAAACACAUGCUACAGCUGAUGAUGAAAAGAAAAGAUAUAGAUGCUCAGCCGGUUUUGAAAGUGCAUCAAACUCAGUCUGCUGAAAUCGUGAAUGAAAUAGACAGAAUCUAUGAAAUGGGAGAGGUGAUGAGGAAAGCUGUACAAGCAGAUAAUGACCAGUACUACACUGUACAGGAAAAGCUAGCACAGUUGGAGCUGGAAAACAAGGAAUUGCACAAAUUGUUGUCAAUCAGCAGAGAAUCUAUUGAAGUGCGACAAGAUCUGCUGCCUGAUGAUGCAUCUCAAUCCACAGAACAACUGCCCUUGAAUACUUGAUCUCAGAAACUGGAAACUGGCUUGCAGGAAAAUGUGCAGUGCUUUUCCAAGGUGUUCUUUUAUUCUUUAAUCAUUUCCUCUUGUAUAUCAUUCCAGCUAUUAUAGACUUGUGUCCUUUGUGUGCUGAUUAGGAAGUCAUGCCCUCUGCUGGCCAAGAUUUGCCUAGCAUAGUCACAUAGCAUUUACAUUCCUAGCACACUCUCUUUCCCCCACCCAUUUUUAGAACCUCAGCUAUGGGCAGUUGGAUCAGCUUUGGCUUUUCCUUUGCAAAUGGAAUUAAAUUAUUUUACUUCAGCAUAGCAGUAAAAUAGUCUUACAACAUGAUAUACAUUUACUGAUUUCAGCAAGUCUUCCUUUUGAGUAAAGAUGGUUCACUAUAAAUCGUGUAGCUUGAAUACAACUUUCCAAAUCAUCUGCAUCAAAGUGUUGAUCAAUAUAGAAGAUUUUUACAAUUUUCCUGUGAAAAUACUCUGAAAUGCUGCGGGUGUGAGCCUUUUCCUACAGCAGAAAGUUUGCUGCAGAUUUUGAUGUUUUCAUACACAGUGUAUAUAUGGCUACAUAUUAUUAAAGUUACCUUAGAAAUAUAAAUCUAAAAUCCUUUGGAAAUCCAGAUUAAUGGUUUCAAAAGUUACCCUUUGUGAGCAACUAAUGCCAAAGAGUUGAUUUGCUUUCUGCUGGGAUUCUGAUGAGUGCUACAUGAGAAUUUCAAGCAUUGCACCCUUGACUUGGAGAAAUGCCUUGUCUUAAUCCUAAACAUUUUAAGGAAGACAUUCCUAAGACACAUUUGAUGGCAAAUGUUAAGCAAAUUAGUAAUCAAUUGGAUGGGAACCAGCAAAAUCCUGUCUUCAUUUGUAGCUGCCUGAGUUUAAUGGCUAAUGUUUUGGAACUGGGGGUAGUUUUUUGCUAUCUUCUCACAUGUAGACUUGCACAUCUUCAUACCUGGAGGAUUCCAUGAUUGUUUUCACUGUUCUGCUUACAAGAAAGUGAGAUGCCGCAUGUCUAAUCUGUGUGAUCAUUUAUUUGUCUCUGCUCUCCUUGCACACUCCCAUCUUGUAUAGCUUGUUGCUAUAGUGUUGUAAACCCCAAAGAAACACUCCCCUGUUUCCAACUCCCUACUAAGUACAGAGGUGUUUAAAUUUCCUGUUUCGCCAUUAGUAAAGUUUCAGACUAAGAUCUGUGAGCUUCAUGCAUGUCGUUUUUACAGCUGUCGAUGCUGAUCUGAAUUUGAGGCACAAAGAUAAAAUAGCCAUACUCCCCCUCCCCUUGUUAUAUUCCUAUCCCAUGGAUAUAAUGUGAAGGACAGUUGGCCUCAUUCUUCACAUUCAUUUUUUUGAUGUCUUAAAAUUCUCAGACACAAUUUUUGCUUAUGCCACCAAGACUGCAGAUGACCAAGCUACUGCUUCUGUGCUCUAUGCAAAUGUAGCCCCUUCCACAGGACAGGCCCGCUGCUGACCAUCCCUUUGCAGAGUUAAGCCUUAAAUAUAUGCCAGCAGUGCCACCUUGAGAAUCAGACAAGUUUUGUAAGGAGCAGCAACAUGUGCUCAGCCUCUGAAUAUGUCCUGGGUUACACUGUAAAUAUCAAUAGGAUGUUAUGAUGCAAAUAUGUGACUGGUUGAGGUGUUGAUGUGCUGUGUGUCCUGCCUGCCACUCUGAUCAAUGGGUUUGAAACUUUACCUCUCAGGUUACUCAAUAUGGAUAUUGGCUUAUUAUUUUCUUGAAAUAAAUGUUCUGAGGCAAUAUCACAGGCUGUGGCCUUCUAUAUUGGUGAUAAUUUCUGGAUACAGCUUCAGCUUUGAAUAGAUCACUGAUUACCUGCUUUGAUGGUUCCAGAUAUAGUUCUGUGUAUUUAUCUGGAAGUCAAGUUAAGUCAAAGUAGUACUGUGCUUUCCAUAUGUUGAAAGAAUUUGUUUACUUUGAAUGGCUGGCUAGUGAAGUAAUUCUGUCUGGACUGUAAUAUGUCCAGACAUGAGUUGGUUUAGUUUAGUAAAACUAAAUUGUAUUGCACCUGGUCAUUGUCACAAUAAGGGUUAAAAGAGAGGUUUUUGUUUGCCAUGCAUUAAACAAUUACAAACAACA